AUGGUCAGCGACUGCAGGCAUACUACAGGAGAUGGUCAGAGACUGCAGACAUGGUACAGGAGAUGGUCAGAGACUGCAGACAUACUACAGGAGAUGUUCAGAGACUGCAGACAUACUACAAUAGAUGGUCGGAGACUGAAGACAUAAUACAGGAGAUGAUCAGAGACUGCAGACUUGAUACAGGAGAUGGACAGAGACUGCAGGCAUACUGCAGCAGAUGGUCAUAGACUGCAGACAUACUACAGGGGAUGGUCAGAGACUGAAGACAUAAUACAGUAAUACAGGAGAUGAUCAGAGACUACAGGAAAACUACAGGG